UUUUCUAAGAAUUUUGAUUAACAAAUUUGUUUGUGAAAAGUUUAAGUUUCGAUAAAAGGUUUGGCCAUUGAUAAUUAACAAAAUGAGCAGUCUGGAAUUCAAGGAUAGUAAGCCGGUGGUGGGAACUUCGAAAACAGUGAAAUCCUCAAAAGAAUCAAUUGAUGAUAUUAAAUGGGUGAAAUCCGUAACCUCCGAAGAAUAUGAAGAUUGCCAAGAGGGAGAAGACAACGAAAACUCGUUGUCGUCGGGCUAUGUUCAUUUUCUGAGGGACUUUAAGAAGCGCUACGGAGAUUAUUACACGGAUCACCAGAUAGAACGGGCAGCCGAAACACGAUGGAACGAAAUGUCAUUCCGUCAUCGAUGCCAGUACUCUACGGAACCAAUUGAAACUUUUCAUAUUAAAUCCGAUUUGGUAAUGUCCAAAAGCGGGAGUAGCCUUUCCAGCUCUAGGGACAGCGAACACAAACUGGUACCUGAAUGUGGCCCCACAGACACUUUCUUCGGUGCCUCCGCCACCAAAGGCUAUGGAUGCACUCCUAGAAAGAGGGAAAACAAGUGUUCAAAGCCUAGGAUGAAGAAGAGUUGCGCCAAACCGCGGCCCAAAUGCUCGAAGCCCCGUCGGAGUUGCGCCAAGCCGAAGCCAAAGUGCGCCCGUCCCCGGAAAGCAUGUCCCCGCCCCAGGAAGGUGUGCGCCAAGCCGAAGCCAAGGUGUCCUAAGCCCCAGAGGUCCAAACCCAAGUGCCCGAUGUAAUCGGAGGUCCUAUCUCCCACACCUAUACCCCCCUCCCCUUUUCGGCCAUUCUUAUUGAGAUCAGAAAGCAGACAAUUUCCCAGAAAAUUCUUAUAGGCGUUGCUAGAAUCGAAGGACUUGAAGAACCUCCAGUGUUCCCACUCGAAAGGGAUGCUAAGUGAAUCGGCGGCAAAGAAUCUUAGACAAAACCAGGAAGGCCCAAGCUUUGAUCCUCGAGGCAACGAUAAGCUAAUAUAGUAUUUGGAAAUAAAGGUUUAUGUCUGAUCAAA